GUAGAAUGAUCAAGUGAAGCUGAUAUGAAAAAUUCAAUAUGCCACACAAUUAAAGAUAGGUGACCGAAUCUUCCUUUCCAUUUCAGGUCUCUCAGUUGAGCUGCAAAAACUCCUAGUUGCCAUGUUGGAACCCAAUCAUCUUCUCCGGCCCUCAGUAGAGAUGUUGCUUAAUUCUAGUCUUAUGCAAAAAACUGAGAGGUGGCGAAAACUUGUGUUGUUAGCACACUCUGGGAUCCAGCAGGGUGUCUCCGUGUACAAGACUCUCCUCAGGUUCAUGCAAUGGCUUUGGGGAGCUCUGUACCGUCCAGCUCAGUGGUUGCUCUUUUGGCGUAAGACUGUUCCAGUCACACCACCACAUUCACCCUUUCUUCUUCCCCUGGAAAACAGCAAUCUCACUAGUGACUGGGGUGAAGAAGAUGAUGAUGAUAAGGAGAGCUUUGGUGAUGAUGUAUUUGACCUUUCAGAGAUAAGUAAAGGACAUAACCACACUUGCCCUGUGGAGCUGCAGUCCUUGGAUAAACAGCCUGGUUCCCCGCUGCUUACCAUAUGCCCAUGUGCAGGAAGCACCUCCACACCACGGCAUCCCUCACCCCAACAGACUCGUUGCAGGAAAAGCAGGUCUUUUACACUCCAGGGAAGUCCCAACCUUAGUCGCAUUAGUCUGAAGUCCCCAUGCAGCAGCCCCACUUCAUCAAACAUGUUACCUGCGAAUACAUUGCAGCACACACCAACAUAUGAUGAAACAGAAGUUAAAUGGGAAUCAGUUUUACUUCAAUGCUCAGAUGAGUGCUCCACUUUUGAGCCAAAAAAUUUACUAAGCUUAUUUGAGGAUUAUACAACACCAAAACAAAAAUGUCAGAGCUGACGGGGGAACUAUUUUCUGACUGCUUAGGCCCUUUUGGGGGGAACAUAUUUUUUUUUUGCGUGCUAGAGGUCAGUAUGCUCAGAGGUACCAAAGUUUGACCAACUUCAGACUAGUGAAGGAAAGGCAAGUUAUUAAGGAUGCUUUGCUGUGUAUAUUUUAUCUACGUCAGUAUAUAUAAGGCUGUUUUUUAUAUAUUACUUCUUGCCUUUAUGAUUUAAGAAUAUUUUUCUGAUAGUCAGUAGAAAGCAGAUCAUAAUCUGUCACCAUUUUAGGUAAAAGGCAUCCUACUUUCAUAAAAAUAUGAGGAUUUCUAUAUGAUUUUUUUUUAAGCUUUUGUCUUUUUCUUUUUGUAUCAAAUAUUUUUUGUCAUUUGGAAUUGGACUUUGAGUUUUGGGGCUCAAUGAUCUUUUAUUCUGGGGAUUUACAAAUGUAGCUAUAAUUCAUGAUAUUAAAAGCAUUCAUAAUUUCCACUAAUUGGUUUGUUUCUUUUUUAAAAAAGCAUGAUUAUAAAAUAAAACUCCAUUAAGAAAAAAAAAGGCUUAAAGGAGAUGUUAUUUAAAGCCAAGUCUAAUAUAUGAUGAGGGAAGCUAUUUGAGUUUCAUGUUUAAUGGAAAGAAACCUUAAAAUACAGACCUUUAGAUAAAUGAUUGUAAAUUGUGCACAUUAUUAUUGGCUACCCAUAUUUUUGUGUCUCUCUUGGUUUCAGGAUUUUCCAAUCAGAUUACAUGAGAUACCCUAUUCAUAUUAGGUAGAGAUAAAAGUGACUGGUGAUUGAUAAAAAUGUGCUUUUCUGGAAGCGUAUUCAUUCUACUUUAAUAAGCUUCAAUUAGGAGAUAAUUAGGAUGCAUGUAUUUUGGUUCUGGAAUAUCCAAUUGGAAGCCUGAUGAAUGUAUGUGCAUCAUUCAGUUAGCAAAAAAAAAAAAAUCUGUACAGUAUCAGCAUGAAAUUUGCCACAUUACCAAUUCCUACUUCUGUGGCAUCUGUUCUGCCUCAUAGAAUGGGACUGCUUUGAUUUUAUGUAUGCAAUAUCUCACAACCAAAGCAGCUGAUUUUUCUGGCUAUAAUUUUUCUUCUGCAUAUUUGCUAGUAGGAAAAAUAGCAGCCAUCCAAGGCACUACAGGAAGAAUUGGGGAGUGAGGAAAGACAAUCUGGUUUCAGAUAGUGGUUCUCAUCUAUAGGCUGACUCUAUAUUGUAUUAUGUUGUAAUCCAAACUGAAGUUAAAAAGUCACUGCAGAUUCUUUCAUUCCUUUCCCUUAAAUAGACAAUACAUAUGGACUUCCUAUGCUAUUUAACCAGCAAAGGGGCAAAAAAUACAUUGAUGCCAUCAUUCUUUAUUAUAUAAUUUCAGCCUGGCACUAACUUGGUAAAAAUGAUAAGGUUAAAGCAUUGCUAGCUGAGCAGAGUAAUCUAGUCCUGCUAUAUAAUUUUGACAAAUCGCCAGCACAAUGCUGCCGUAUCCUGUUUUUUUACGGAGAUAACAGAAUGAAAGCAGGCAAAGGUGACAAGAAAAAAAGGAACAGGAUAUGCCCAAAUAGCAUGAAAUAAGCAUCGUGUGGUUUCAUCAGUACUGACAACCUGAUUUUAACCUCUAAAACAAUAGGUGACAAAGUAUAAUAGGUGUUAUACUUUGUUGCUCUUAUUGGGAAAUCUCUACUUUUUUUUUACAUAGAGAAAAUGAACGUGCCCAUUUAUCAGAAUAUUUAACGUGUAGUUUUCCAGAAUCAAUCUUAAAUUUCAGUAGCAAGAGUUCCAUGAUACAAGAUUUAAGGCAAAAAUACCUUAAAUACCAGUUGUAACUCAACCAAUAUAUAUUGUUCAGGAACUGAUUUUGUUUAACUGGGUUAAUGUUAGUCUAUUUACCUGAUGAAGAGAUCUUAGAAAUUCCAGAAUUAGCAUCUCAUUUUCUAAAAUUUAAGUUGCUCUUAUAAAGUUCCUUCUCAAUUUUUUCCUUUUAGCCAAUAUAACUGCUUCAAAGGGUUAGGGUUCAUAAUAGAAUCUUCAACCAUACUUAUGAUUUCCAGAAGAAGCAUGGUCCUUUACUUGUAAAAGAUUCCAAUUAGUUCCCGCCAGCAUGUUAGUUUUCGCUGAACCACAAUUCAAGUUCAUAAAUCUUACCCUUAGCAGCGAUUCAUUCAAAUGUAGAGAGACAAAAGCUGUUAAAGUGAAAGUAUUUUAAGACACCCCCCUGCUUCAGAAUGAAAUUUGAUGGAUACCUUAAUAGACAUAUAAAGGAGCCAUCCGGCAUUAGGGAUAACAUAGCCACCAUAAGCUGAAAAAAUUCAAGAGAUUUGAAGUAGUUCAUUUCAGCCCCAUUUUAAACAUUUUUUUUUAAAUCAAAAGCCCAAAUCUGCCACUGGCCCAACUUUUUUUUCAGCCUUUUUUAAAAAGUUCUGGAUCUUAAGUAUUUAAAAUUCCCUUCUCCCCCUCCCUCACAUAUGAAGUGCAUUUUUUGAAUGUGGUGCCUUGCUCUUUUAUUUUAAAGAUAUGUGACGCUUCAACUUCAGAAGCUGUGAACAUCAGCAAUGUCCAUCUACCCUGAGAUAACAAGAGACAAGACUUGAUUAGCAGCAGAUUAAAUCCUCUUUCAAAAUGUAGCUGUAUGACACAAAAUUCACAUACUAACAUGGAAGGUUUAGGUCAAUGUUUCCCUUUUCAUAACACAGAUCUACUUGCAACCUAGAAAUUAUUUAACCUUUACUCUCUUCCUUCAAGAAUUUGUUUGACUCACUUUUCAGCUUAAGUUACAUCACGUUCAUGUUUUAUCUUAGUUAUCUUUUCAAAAGAGGAUACAACCAAACUAACAUAUUGUAUAUAUUAAUAAUAGGUGGGGUUUUUUCUGAUUCUUUUAAAAAUCCAAAUUGGUCUCCACAUCUAUUUUUCAGUCUGGCUGGUUUUAACAAGGUGGAUUUACAGAUGCUGCAGGAGGACAAUUUU